AUGGGAAGAACGGCAACUGUGGAAGCGAACUUGCUGUUCCGUGGAAAUUCUCUCUUGACAAAGGCACUGGACCAACACAUGCGUCGACUCGGCAAGGAAUACCUAGAAGAUACAAUUGGAGAACGCCUGCGCGAGAUUGACGAGAGCGAUCCGGAAUGCGAGGUCGAUCCAUCCAAAGUGCCUCGUCCUGAAGAUCUUGAUCGCAACUGGCGGAACCUAAUCAACCUAACGACUACUGUGUGGAAAUCCAUAGCUGGGUCUUGGUCUCGCUGCCCCGCCGAACUACGACUCAUCUUCCGACAUGUGAGAGCUUGUGCGGAAGACCGCUAUGGUGAUUUCCUGCGAACUGUGACUUAUAGCAGUGUUUCUGGCUUUCUCUUUCUGCGAUUCUUCUGUCCCGCCAUCCUGAACCCCAAGCUGUUCGGGCUGUUGAAAGAUCACCCUCGACCCCGUGCUCAGCGUACUCUGACACUGAUCGCGAAGGCGCUUCAAGGCUUAGCCAAUAUGACAAACUUCGGUAACAAAGAACCGUGGAUGGAGCCUAUGAAUAAAUUUCUCAUUGGCAAUCGUGUGGAAUUCAAGAAGUUUGUCGACGACAUCUGUGAUAUUCCAGCGAACGGCCUGUCUUCAGUUCCAACCCCUUCAUACACUACUCCUAUUCAGAUCUUUGGACGACUGCCAAUUCUCUCGCGGGAAGGGUUUCCCAGUCUACCUUUCUUGCUCGACCAAGCGCGCUGCUUUGCUAAUCUUGUCCACAUUUGGCUGGAAGUUGUUCCUGAGCGACUCAACGAAAUGAACGAGAUUGAUCCGUGCCUCUCGAAGUUCCACGAACUAGCCCUGCAACUACAAGAGCGAACGGAGGAUUGUGUCGAUGAGGCAGAGCAAGCAGAGCGACCAAACGGCAACCUAGAGGCCAAAUGGGAGGAGCUUGUCGAUUCGAUGGAGCGAUGUGUGACAUUCUACGAUGAAAGCUCUAGCAAGCCAGCAACCUCAGCUCCAGACUCGAAUGCUGGUUCUCUGUCAAACGUCAGCCAGCGUGGCUCAGUCGGCUUCUUCGCUCCCCGCCCUGCCAUUCCCCGGCGCUCAACAGACAAUACUGCCGAGGAAGACGAGACCCCGCCGAGCUCAUCAUCUGCCACCUGGGAUCAGUCCCGGAUGCCGUUCUCAAUUCCCCGUUGGUCCGACGCGCGUGACAGCACUGGAAGCUCCAAAAACUCAUCCACCUAUUCCCUCGACUUCGGCGAGAGUACGAAGGCUGCUCGCAGGUCCAGCGUGUCAAAGGAGUCCAACAGCAAAUACCGCUUCUUUGACUUUGUUCCCAACACGUCUCGCCGCAAGGCCAAGGAACGCGAGCAAUCUCACCACUCGCAGGAAGACCUCCGGAACCAGUUCUAA